CUGUGGGAGGCAGAGUAAGAACCGGGACAGGCACGCAGAUGGCUCCGGGGCCUGCCCGGCUUCUUGCAGCCUUGCACUCUGGGACGUGAGGUCACUCUCCGGAUCCAGACUUGGCACGAGGAGGACACGAAACAGGCAGGCAGAGUGGCGGGGCAGAAGGGGGUGUCGGUAAGUCUGAUCUGGUCAGAAAGGCCCCCAGAGACCACGGUCACCUCAGCCCCAUCCUGAGAGCGGAGCGAGGCUCAGAGGAACCCAAGACGUGUGCCACCAAGCCUGGACCUUCACGCCCAGUGCAUCUGUCUGUCCUGCGGGCUCUGAGGUCUCUGUAGGUCACCUGCUCUGCUGGGGACCAUGAGAGGCAACGCCACGACCCUGACCUUCACCGCCCUUCUCUGCCUUGGGCUGUGCUGGGGCCCGUGGGACCAGGGACAACCAGAGGUUCUCCCCAAACCCUCCAUCCGGACUGACCCAGGCACCAUGGUCGCCCAGGGGGGCCCCGUGACCAUCUGGUGUCAGGGGUCUCUGCUGGCUGAUGUCUACCGUCUGCAUAAAGAGAGGAGCUCUGCAUACUGGGAGGCUAAGGCCCCUCAGGGCUCCAGGAACAAGGCCUGGUUCCACUUUGCAUCCUUGAGCUCAAGUCAUGCUGGACAGUAUCAGUGUGCAUAUCACAGCAGGAACGGCUGGUCACAGCGGAGUGACCCCCUGCCCCUGGUGGUGACAGGAGUGUACAGGGCACCCUCCCUGUCCGCCCAGCCCAGCCCUGUGGUGGCCGCAGGAAGCAGCGUGUCCCUCACGUGCAGUUCACAGUAUGCAGCGGGCACUGUGCAUCUGCUGAAGGAGGGAGGCACUGACCCGCUCCUACACAAGAUGUCAAGGAGCUAUGGGAACCAGGGGCGGGAACAGGCUGUGUUCCCUGUGGGCCCCGUGACCACCUCCCAUGGGGGGACCUACAGAUGCUAUGAUGCUCCCAGCACCCAGCCCUAUUUGUGGUCACGCCCCAGUGACCCUCUGCAUCUCCAGGUCACAGGCCUGUCCAGGGCACCCUCCCUCUCCGCCCAGCCCAGCUGGCUCGUGCUUGCCGGAAACAACCUGACCCUCCAGUGUCGCUCAGAGGCCAGCUUUCGCAGCUUCGCUCUGACCAAGGACGAGGGGCUCAGCCCACCCCUCCGUCUAGAAGGGCAGCAGAGCCCCGACUUCCCUCUGGGCCGUGUGAGCCGUGCCCACGGGGGCCAGUACAGAUGCUACAGCGGACACAACUCCUACGCGUGGUCGGCCCCCAGCGCCCCCCUGGACAUCCUGAUCACGGGAAUGCACAGGAAACCCUCCCUCUCUGCCCACCCGGGGGCCUCAGUGCCCCGGGGAGAGAAUGUGACCCUGCAGUGUCGCUCUGAGGUCCAGUCAGACACCUUCCAUCUGUCCAAGGAGGGGUCGCUCGCUGCUCCCCAGCACCUUCAUCUGCAGAACCCGGCUCCACCCAUUCAGGCCAACUUCACCCUGCAUGCUGUGACCUCGGCCCACAGUGGGACCUACAGGUGCUACAGCUCACACAGCACCGCCCCCCACCUGCUGUCAAUCCCCAGCGACCCCCUGGAGCUCCAGGUCUCAGGAAGCUCCGGGAAUCAGCUCCUCCCCGCCUUGGAAUCAGCCUCGGGUGAGUCAGGCUCUCUGCGGGGCGGUGGGGGUGGAAGCAGCUCUAUCGGAGCUCCGUCACUUCCCGAGUUAAUGGCCUCAGGACAGCCCCUUCUCACUGGCAUCAGCCUCGACAGCAAGGAUGGGGACGCGGCAACACUUGAUGGGACAGUGUCUGAGCUCUCCAGCCCCCCAAGGAGCUGCCUUGGUGCCAGGCAAAGAGCCGGGCGUGGGAGUCAAAUGGCUCUGCUACUUCCAACCGUGGGAUCUUGGACCAGCCGUGCUCCUCCCGGGGUCCGAGGCCCACCCUCCACGCAGGGGGCCUCCCACCUCCUUCCUCAGCACGACAGCCCGCAGCGCAGGGCCUGCUUGGGCCUCAGGAAGGCCAGAGCGCGCCCCGCUGCCCCUCCCAGACACACACUCCACCUCCACGCAGGCCCCGUGCUGGGGGUGAGAGGACAGGGAGGCAGAUCUGGCUGGGCUGGCACAGAACUGGGCUUGAUGCACCCGUCUCUGAACUGGUGUUCUGCCUGGAAGUGAAAGCAUGAAAACAAAACAAUAACUAAUUCUAAAAAAUAUGAGGGAACCCACAGUCCUGGGUUCCAGUCCCAGCUCUGCCACCUCCAGGCUGGGCAACUUGGGGGCCAUGAUCUCCCUCUCUGGGCCUCAGUCUCGUCUGUAAAUGGGUCGGAUGGGCUGGAGAUGGACGCACAGACCCCAGCACGAGUCUGCGCACAGCAGGUGCCCAGUUAAACGGCACCCCUGGCUCACUCAGGCGUCUCUGGUACCCCAGGCCUCACGUGGUACCUGAGUGUCCUCAUCGGAGUCUCGGUGACCUUCGUCCUGCUGCUCCUCGUCUUCCUCUUCCUCCGACAGCGGGGUCAGGACAGACACAGGAAGUCAGGUGAGUAGGGAACGGGGUGACUCGGACCCCUGGAGGCGGUGGGCUUAGGGCACCAGCCCAAGGGAAACCUAAGAAAGGGGUGAGUCCAGUUAAAACUGCUCUAGCAUCUUCCGGUGAGAGAAAUCUAAAGAGGCUAAAUGUGAGCGCACAUGUGAGCAUUAGAGUAUCCUUUGAUGUUUUCAAACUUACACGCCGCUUGAGAAUACGUGCAAGUUUUGUAUUUCAUGGUUUAGAGCUCUCGAAUUUUUUUAAAUAAUUUUUGAAUUUUGUUUAUUGGCUGCUCUGGGUCUUGGUUGCUGUGCAUGGACUUUCUCUGGUGGCGGUGAGCUGGGGCUUCUCUCUGGUUGUGGGGCUCGGGCUUCUCUUGCUGCAGCUCCCAGCUCCUGGGCUCUUGGGCUCUCGGGUUUCAGCAGUCGCGCUCCGAGGCUCCAGAGCACAAGUUUAGAAGUUGUGGCUUAAUUACUCCACGGAAUGUGGAAUCCCCCCAGACCAGGGAUCAAAUCCAUGUCCCCUGCAUCGGCAAGCGGAUUCUUUACCACUGAGCCACCAGGGAAGCCUUUCUCUUGAAUUCUUCGUGGAGGAGGGAAGGCAUGACAAUUUUUUUCAGCCUGGAGACCC